AUGCUGAAAUUUGGGAAAAAAAGUGGAGCUUUGCUAACCCAAAUAUUGUUUAAUAACACUAAACUUAAUAAAAACAAUCACUAUAUCAAGACUAUAAUAAGCCUAAAAAGAUAUUUUAGAAUUAUAACAGGCCCCUUAGCAUCAGAUAACCUCAAUAUUAAUUCUAUUGAUAAAGAUAAAAAAAAGAAGAUUAUCCUGGACAAUUUUAAAAAUAAUGACACCACUGGUAUCAAUACCGACCAUUCAGAUAGCUUAGCGGAUAUUUAUUAUUUACAAGGCGAUUCCACCCCUGAUACUUUAAUAAGAAGAGGAAAUUUUUUACAUACCACUACAGCGGCAAGGCAACUAGAUACUAUGAAGCUAUACAAUGAGUUAAGGGCGAAUAAUUUUACCCCCUUGCAAAGUAAAACAAUAAUUAAGAUGUUAAUUGAUACACUGAACACCCAGUUUUAUUCAAUUUAUAAUUAUAAAUAUGUGAGAUCGAUGGAAUUGGUUAAUUUAAAAUAUUCGUAUCAGAAAAUUAGUAAUGAUUUGAAAUUUGAAAUCAAAAAUCUACAAGAUUCCCAUUUUUUGAAAACUAGAAUAAACAUAUUAAAUUUAGAUGAAGUUUUGAAAACUUGGGACGAUGAAUUAAAUCAACUAGUUAUCGAAUCUCUAAAAAAUGAAUGCCGAAUUGAAUUCCAAAAUCAUAAAUUGGAAAAUACACUACUGAAUAGACAACAGAAUUUACUAUUAAAGGGCUUACAUAAUAAAAUCGGAACCCAUUUAAUUGGUCAGAUUAAAAGUGAAACUGAACAAUUAAGAUGGUACACUAUGAAAUAUGGUGUUUUAGCGUUGGUAAGCCUAGUGGUUAUGAUUGUUUGCGGUGCCAAUAUAUCUAAAUGGAUAGAAUCUAAUACACAAUCUUCUAAAUCCAAAGAACUUGUAUUAAAAACUGUAAGUAAAGAAGGAGGAGUUGAUCCAGAUAAUGUCAAUACUGUAAAUUUAUUGGAUACUAAUUCUCCGGUGGUUACAGAUCAAGAAGAAGUAGUUCAAUUAUUGGAUAACAACAAAUGA